CAAACUGAUAAUUGGCACAUCGCCACUCUCUCUGACCCAAGGAAAAGUGGUCAUUUCUUGGGAGAUGUACGACGGUUCUCAGUCCGAAAAUUAGGGCUCGGCGUUUCGAAAAGCAUCGAGGAGAGGGGUACGCAUUCUUUUGCCGCUGCGCCAGAUUAAUCCGCAUUCGAGCCGUCACGAGCAGACAAAAAUCUUGCUGAGUGGUGCUACACGGCCCGAAAGCAACACAGUGUGAUAUGGAAGAGUUGAGGGUGGUUGGAUAAACAUGUGAUGCUCCUGCAAAUGUGUGGAGUAAUGAGUUCAGACGUGCGUCAUGCACAAGUCAAAAUGUUAUACAGAGGAUUAACAAUCACCGUUGCACACGAGCGGGGAACGAUACGUGAUUGCUAAUUACUAUAUGGAUUGUCUCGGGUGCCGAGCAAAGCGAACCCAUCUCGCCAACAAGCAAGAUUCAGAACUUAAAUACCGACAUUGCCCCAUUUCCUACAGCUCGAGGACAAACCACAGCUUCAACCCAACUAGCAAUUCUGAGGAUAUGACUUCUCAGGGGCAGAAAGUCCUCAUUGUAGGCCCUGGCUUUAUCGGCUGGAAUGUUCUAGAUCUUUUGGUCAAGGAGAAUUAUCUGGUCACAGGUUUUGUGCGAAGGAAGAAGCAUGGCGAGCAGAUCAAAGCCUCCGGCGCUGCAGAUGUCGUGAUUGGUGACCUGCACGACAAGGAUCUGCUCGCCGAGCAAACAGCCAAGCACGACAUCGUGUUCCACACGGCGACAUCAGACGACCUGCCGAGCGUCGAGGCCGUCCUGGACGGCAUCCAGAGGCGCGCCGACCAGGGCCUGAACACCAUCUACAUCCACACGUCCGGCACCUCGCUGCUGGACGACAGCGCCAACGGCUCCAGGAAGACGGACAAGAUCUACUACGACGACAAACGCUCGGACAUCGACUCGCUUUCGGACGAUUCCCCGCAUCGCCAGAUCGACCUGGCCAUCCUCCGGAGGCAGGAGAGUCUCGGCGACAAGGUCAAGAUCGCCUUGAUGAUCCCACCGCUCAUCUACGGCUUCAACGACGCCCACAAGCGUCUCAGCAUCCAGAUCCCGACCCUGGCGCGCUUCGCCUUGAAGCACGGCUACGCGCCGUACGUCGGCGAGGGACUGUCGGUCUGGUCCAACGUCCACGUCAAGGACCUCGGCAGGGCGUACAGGAUCCUGCUCCACCACAUCGAGCGCACGUCUGCCGAGGAGGCGCGGGAGAACCCAUACUACUUCUGCGAGGCCACGGGCGAUGAGGAGCCGAGCUGGAAGGAGUUGGCGGAGCUCAUCAGUGAUAGUCUGCACAAGGCGGGCAAGAUCGAGGAUCCCAAGCCGCGAACCCUCCCCAAGGAGCUGUACGGGGAGGUUUUUGGCGACGAGUAUACAGAGGCUGUCGUCGGGUGUAACAGUCGCAGUCGUGCGGUCAGGUUGAGGAAGCUUGGCUGGGAGCCGGUGGAGAAGAGCUGGAGUCAGAGCUUUGUUGAGGAUGAGCUGCCGCAGAUUCUGACGGAGGAGAACACUGAAUUCAAAGGUUACGCUGGCGCAGUCACCAGCUAAGUUUUCUUAGACAAGCACAAAACCACCAUGUUAGACUAGAUCAAGACGAGCGGUUUGAUGGAUUAUGAUUAAUUUAGUGAGCUCUUAUUCUAUACAAUAUAAGUAAUCA